AUCCGGCACGUGCUCCGUUCCUAUUCCAUCUUACCUUUACCACUUUCACCCAACCUCAUUGACACCAUCCCCUUGCUCGACAUUCGGCAAGCCUCCCUUUUCUUCCAUUGCUGAGGCUCGAGACAAUUCCAUCCAGCACAACGACGAAAGCCGGUCACCCCAUCCCACAAGUACGCAAAAUGGCAACAGCAGUGGCCAGCCCAUCCGUGGGCUUUCUUGGCCUGCCAGCGGAAACCAGGAACCACAUCUAUCGUCUCGUCCUUCCAGCCAAGGCCACCCUUACAAUCGCAUCCGGCGGCACAUACGCACCCGGAAUGCCAGAUGAUGCUAAGACUUUCCUUAACCUGAUGCGCGUCAGUCGUCAGGUGCGCGCAGAAUGUGGCCCAAUGCUCUCCGCUCGUCUUCGCCACGAGGUCUAUUGCGCACAACAUCUCGAGAUCUGGCUUGAUUCGAAUCAGGGGAUGGGAUAUCACGUUCGAGACUGGGUCUUUCACUUCGAGAGGCCCUGGGAGUUGCGCCGCGCGCUCCACGCCCUUCAGCCAGCCGCGAGUUCUCUGCAGAGUAUCACCAUCGUAUGCUGGGCGGCGAGCAGGCGAUAUUCCAGAGAACUGGCAGAGAGCUUCAUGCCGCUUUUACGCGCGAUCCAACGGGCAGAUAUGGGUUCUACAAAAGCACGGUCGCUUAUGAAUGUGAUUCGUAUAUCACCAAGGACUAUCGACGAGAAGCUGAUGACUAAAAGGGUCGCUGCUGAGUUCAAAGCUGAGCUUAAGAAGUUGCUUGCCGAAGGGAGACUGUGAUCACCUCAGUUCAAUGGGGAGAAGGCCAGGACAUUCUGCGGGUGCUUGAACCUCACUUACCGGGCUGUCCUCAUUUCACUUGCUCAUUUCACCUCUGUCAUUGACAUGUGAUGAGUGGCUCGUGCUUCGACUUCCAUCAACCCUUUCAACACCCUGUAUAACUACUUCCUCCUCCCCAGCAAAAGUCUCGUCACAAACAACGACC